AUGAGCAUCAAGGCUCCCGAAGUCACGGCGUCCGGCGCGUCCACGCCGCUGGACUCUGAGCGCCUACCCGGCGACGCCUUCGACCCCAAGAUCGAGCGACGCAUUCUGCGUAAGCUGGACUUCCAGGUUGUGCCGCUGCUGUGUAUCCUGUUCCUGAUAUCCUUCAUCGACCGGUCCAACAUCGCGAACGCGAAGAUCCAGGGCAUGGAGGAAGACCUGAACCUGCACGGGAACCAGUACAACAUCGCCGUCUGGGUCUUCACCCUGGCCUACGUCGUCUUCGGCGUCCCCGCGAACCUGAUAUUCAAGAAAUACGGCCCGAAGACCCUCAGCCUCAUGAUGCUGCUCUGGGGUAUCACCGUUAUCGGACAAGGCGUGACAAGCUCUGCGGGAGGCCUCAUUGCGUGCAGGUUCCUCGAGGGAAUCAUGGAGGCCGGCUUCGUCCCCGGCUGUGCGUAUCUGAUCGGAAGCUACUAUAAGAAAGAUGAGUUCUUGAAGAGGUACACCUGGUUCUUCAGCGCGGCCAUUGCGGCCGGCGCCUUCAAUGGUUUGCUGGCAACACUGAUCUCGAAGAUGGACGGCGUGGGCAACUACGCAGGAUGGCGCUGGAUAUUCAUUAUCGAGGGUCUCAUCACCGUCGUCUUCAGCUUCUGCUCCAUCUUCUGGAUCGUCCCUUUCCCCGAGAAGAGCACCAUGUUCACGCCCGAGGAAAAAGCGGUGCUGCUGACCCGCAUCGCCGAGGAUGGCGGCGGAGUCCGGCACGACAAGCUCGACCCGAAACGCUUCUUCAAGUACAUGAUGGACUGGAAGAUCUGGCUCUGCGUCCUCUCCUACCUCGGCGCCGAGGAGAACGCCGCGUCGGUCAUCGCCUUCCAGCCGUCGAUCCUGAAGGGGCUGGGGUACACGGCGACGCAGGCGCAGAUACACAGCAUCCCCAUCUACGCCACGUCGUUCGUCUUCUCGCUGACGUGCGCCUGGCUGUCGGAGCGCCUGCGCCAGCGCUACGUCUUCGGCAUGCUCGGCUCCGUCAUCUGCAUGGUCGGCCUGGCCGUCGAGCUGGCCCAGCCGCGCGACCCCAACAUCCGCUACAUGGGCAUGUUCUUCGUCACCGCCGGCCCUUACCUGACCAUGCCCAUCACCGUCGUCUGGAACGCCAUCAACGUCGGCAAGGGCUACAAGCGCACCGUGGCCUUCGCCUGCGUCAUCGCCCUGGGCAACUGCGGCGCUUUCGUCGCGAGCAAUGUGUUUAUUACCGAGGAGGCACCCGUGUAUCAUACCGGUUUCAGCACCAAUAUGGGCUUUAUUUCGUUGAGCUUGGUCAGUCAGACGGCAUUGUAUAUCGGGUUGAGGCUGGAGAAUAGGCGGAAGGACAGGGAGAGGAGGGAGCUGCCUGCGGUAUUGGACCAGAAGAUGUACGAGGACGCGGGUGAGAAGCAUCCGGACUUUAGGUAUCAGUUGUGA